AUGUUAAGAGGAGCUAAAAAUAUGAAAGCCAAGCAAGGGAUCAUGUGGUCCCGCGCCACUCGAUCAGCCUCGUACACGAGCAUUGCACCGAAAAAGCCGUGGAGCCAAAAGCCUAGUCAUCAGUUGUUAUCGGCUGACAUCACCAGCCCUAGAUUCUUGCUUCAGUCGAGGUUUUCAAGUUCGGAAAGCAGUCUAAAUGACUGUAAAAUCGAGCUCCAGAAGCUCAAUAACGCGCUCAAGCAUGUUCAAGACGUACUAGCGAAAGGGGUCGAAACCAAAAAGCCUUAUGAAUCUCCACUUUUGGCUCGGGCCGCGAGUUAUCGAGAAGAGUUCUUGUCGAGGAUUGUGUCGUUCGAGGGAAUAAACGAAACUACAAAGGAGACGUGGGACAAAUUUCCUUAUUACAUCAAUGAGCACGAUAAAAACCUUCUUGUUGAGCACUUGACCGCGCGUUUAAAGGAGAACAAGUGUAGCAAAGACUUUGGCCAACGAGGGGAGGUGCGUGAAGUUAAAGGUGACAGAGUAGCCGUUAUUUUCUAUGAAAAUGGUGAAAGUGAUGGGAAAAGCUCAGAACCACCAGUUCAUUGGCUUGCUGCAAAGCACAUCCAACGUGAUACAGAUGCUCAAACUCAUGAUUGUUACCUUGCUAUGGAUGUGCUCUUUGAGGUUCUGGAGUCUCAUCCAUCUAUAAUGGUCUAUUUUCCGGACUCUUUUAGCUGGUUGCCAGAGAGAUCUUACUGGAGCUACUAUAGAGCCCGUAAGGAGUUUUUUGGGAAGGUGAAAGAGAUGUUUGACCAAUUAUCAGAACGUAAGGUUUUGAUUUACGGACAAAACAAAUCAGUGCCUGGAUCAAAGGAACUUGAGCUCAUUUUGAACGAUGUAAAUGAGGAUGUAAAUGAGGAUUGGCGUAGACGAGAAGAAGAGGAGGAAGUGCGCAAGCUAUUUCCCAACAUUAUAAGUAUAGUACCCCCAAAGGACAAAAAUCUCGUGAAGAAAUUGGGUUCACAGAUUCUAAAAGAUGAGAAAAAGAUGAUUUCUAGAAGAAAUAUAAGUGCAAUGCAGAAGGUUCUCAAGGAGCAUGAUUUGGCAUGCAAGGACCUGGAGCUUGUACACUCCAAUGGUCUGAAAUUGAAUAGACAAGAUGUGGAUAAGAUUGUUGCUUGGGCGACGAAUCAUCACCUCUCAUCAUGCCAUGCUCCUUCUGUUAAGAACGGCCAGUUGCAUAUGCCUAGAUCAAGCUUUGAACACGCCAUUUUGAGAUUGAAGGAAUCCGAAAACAAGUUUUCUAAGUCUCCUAUGGAGCUUGCCAGUGGGCAGUAUGAGAAAAGCUUUCUUUCUUGUGUAAUAUCUCCGGAUGAUAUUGGUGUCAAGUUUGAUGAUGUCGGUGCCCUUGACGUAGUGAAAAAGGCGUUGAAUGAAACUGUCAUUCUUCCAUUGAAGAGGCCUGAGCUUUUCUCCCGUGGGAACUUGCUUCGGCCUUGCAAAGGGAUGCUGCUUUUUGGUCCCCCUGGAACUGGAAAAACCCUUAUAGCAAAGGCUCUGGCUACCGAAGCUGGGGCCCAUUUCAUCAAUGUUACUCCCUCAUCCCUUGGAUCUAAGUGGUAUGGGGAAUCCGAAAAUCUUACGAAGGCACUAUUCACCUUGGCUGUCAAGUUGGCUCCUACAAUUAUUUUUGUGGAUGAGAUUGAUGCUUUGCUUGGGGCUCGUGGUAAAUAUUAUGAGGGUGAGGCUUCCAGAAAAGUGAAGAAUGAGUUUAUGUCAGCUUGGGAUGGAUUAGCUUCAAAUGACAGCCAAAGAAUACUUGUCCUUGGUGCUUCAAAUAGGCCCUUUGACCUUGAUGAUGCUGUCAUUCGCCGCAUGCCAAGAAGGAUUCAUGUUGACCUACCAGAUGUGAAAAAUAGAGUGAGAAUACUGGACGUACUUCUUGGCAAAGAGGCUCUGGAAUCUGGGUUUGAUAUUAAAAAACUCGCAGAGUCUACUGAAGGGUAUUCCGGGAGCGACUUAAAGAAUUUGUGCGUGGCUGCUGCAUAUAUACCCGUCCAAGAACUACUUGAACAAGAAAGCAAGGGACUUGUUUGUGAUCCAGUUGACGUUGUUCCAAAGCUGAGGCCGCUUAAGCUCGAUGAUUUCAUUCACUCAAAAGCCAAGGUGAGACCAUCAGUUUCCUAUGACUCGACUAGCCUGAAGGAACUACAAGACUGGAACGAUCAAUAUGGUGAGGGAGAAGGAACGAACAGGGCUUGUCUGAAAAAUCUUGCUACGAAUUCUUACGAGAGAUCGUUUAUUUCGGGGCUCGUCAGCCCCGACGAGAUUAGAGUCGAGUUUAAGGAUGUUGGUGCCCUUGAAGACCCUUGCAAAGGGAUGCUGCUUUUUGGUCCCCCUGGAACUGGAAAAACACUUAUAGCAAAGGCUCUGGCUACCGAAGCAGGGGCCCACUUCAUCAAUGUUACUCCUUCAUCACUUACAUCUAAGGUAGGAGAAGCAAACAAAUUGAUGCUUUGCUUGGUGCACGUGGUCAGCGUUAUGAGCAUGAGGCAACCAGAAAACUUCGGAAUGAGUUUAUGUCAGCUUGGGAUGGAUUAA